AUGUGUUUCAUGGUUUACCCCGGAUUUUACCUACUCCCAUCUUAUCUCCGCCACACACAACCAAACGCCGCCACCACCAUGGCAGAACAACUAAACACAGAAAACAUAAUCCCCCAAGCUGGAAAAUCAUCACUAGAACCUAUUUAUGUGGCCUCUUCCCCUCAAUCGGUCUGGAGCUUCACACAGGGCCUAAUAUGUGGGCAGCUCAGUGUGAUCGCUGUUUUGAUCGUGUUCAUUAAAUUUUUCGUAUUCGCAGACUCGCCGCCUUCGUCUCUGCGUGCCGGCGGAAAAACGGCGAAAAAAGACGGUCUGGGGGUGAUUGUCAAGCGGAAACAGACGUCCGAAACAGAAAAGGACGCUGCCGAGUCGGAAAACCCACAAUUGGCCUCCAUCUUGGAGAAAACAUACUAUGACGUCACGAACCACAAGCCGGAAACGUUGGACUGGUUCAAUGUGCUCGUAGCGCAGACCAUUCUGCAGUUUCGAGGCGAGGCAUUAGUAGCAGAUAACAUAUACCACUCACUUAAUGAGUACUUGGAGAAACUGUCGCUUCCCGACUACUUGGGCGAGAUCCGCUUGACCGAAAUCGAUGUAGGCGACGAUUUCCCGAUCUUCUCCAACUGUAGGAUAAUGCACAAUGCGGAUCUGGGCCGUCUCGAGGCCAAGAUCGAUGUGGAUCUCUCCGAUACGCUCACGCUCGGAAUCGAGACAAAGCUUGUACUUAACCAUCCUCGGCCCGCUUCUGCGGUGUUGCCAGUGCUGUUGACGGUGUCGAUGGUGCGGUUUCUGAGCUGCCUAACGCUCUCCUUGGUCAACACCAACGAUGAGAUUUUCGGAGCUGCCAAAGAUGAGCCGGGUGCAGCUCGCGGGACAGCGCUCAUGUUCCUGUUUUCUCCUGAUUUCAGGCUCGAAUUCUCGAUUAAGUCGCUUAUCGGGUCUCGCGCCAAGCUCCAAGACGUGCCCAAAUUGUCCGAUCUAAUCGAGAACAAGCUUCGGUCAUGGUUCACGGACCGCUGCAUCGAGCCCCGUUUCCAGAUCGUGAAGUUGCCGUCGAUAUGGCCCAAGAAGGAGAACACAAGGGAACCUGGCAAUGCUCCUGCGGAGUAA